GAAGGCAUUCCUGAUGAUCACUGGGCCUCCAUAAGAGGUGCCUUCCAUACCUUUAAUUUUUUGAGGGUUUUGGAGUUUCAUAAUCUUAAAGUUAAGAGCUUGCCAGAAGAAAUAGGACAUCUGAUAAACUUAAGGUAUCUAGGCUUAAAAAGUUCAGCACUGGAUGAGAUUCCAGAGAGCAUAGGCAAUCUUCUAAAUCUACAGACUUUGGAUAUUAGAUUGCCUGGAUGGCCGAGGGUAUUGCCAAGUGGAGUUCUGAAUCUUGCACAGUUGAGGCACCUUAUGUUGCCAAGGAAUGGAAUAAAAGUUCCCUCAGGUAUAGGCAUAUUAACAAACCUCCAGAGUUUAACUAAUUUAUUUAUAAGACCUGGCAUCAUCCAUGAGUUAAGAAGUUUGACUCAACUCAAGAAAUUGAAAUUGAGGGAUGUAUCAGAAGAACAUGGCAGUGAGCUCUCUGCUUGUAUUAUGAAGAUGACAGGACUCCUCUGCUUGUCUAUGGAUUCAGGAUAUGAUGAAGAUGAAAUGUUGCCCACAUUGGAUCCGUUUUCGCCACCCCCGUUUAUGAGACACCUCAGCUUAUGCGGGCAUCUAGUUGAUAUUCCUGAUUGGGUUUGUUCCAUGGAGGGCCUCACUAAGUUAACCUUAGCCUAUUCUUUUCUACCUGAGGAAGCAAUUUAUGUACUUCAGUUUCUUCCUAACUUGAAGCAUCUAAAUUUGGGUGGAGCCUGCAACAGCAAACAAAUAAACAAGGGAUUUUGCAAGGUGGGUGGAUUUCCAAAGCUAGAGACACUCAGAAUCUGUUCAGAUGAUCUAGUAGAGUGGAUUGAGAUAGAAAAGGGGGCAUUCCCAAACUUAGCAUUCCUCUUCUUCCAAAAUUGUCUACGGAUGAUGAAUCUUCCAGAAGGAUUGCAAUAUGUCACCACACUAAAAGAAUUGAUGAUCGUUGCCUUGCACCCAGACCUUAAACGGAGGUUGAAACCUGAUGGAGGCAAAGAGAAUUACAAGAUCAAACACAUUCCACUAAUAAGGGUUAUUUGAAGAAGCAGUAGAGUCGAGUUACAAAAAUUACUAUUUUGAAAGGCUCUUUGGUGGUCCAAGAUCAGUUUUGUUGCUUUUCAUGGAGGAGGCAUCAGAUUAACAUCUACGAAAGUUCACAAUACUCUCUCCAUUGCUCGGUGAUUUUAUCUACUUUUUAUAGGUUUUGGGAAUGGUCUAAUUUUCAAAUGGUGGCUCUC